AUAUUUUCAUUGGAGGUUAUAGUCAACCAGGUCAAAAACUCACGCGCUUGGGGGUGAUUCUAUCAUUUCCCAUCAACAGUAAAAGUAGUAUUCAUUCGUUUCUUAAUGCUACGAAUAAUUGAUCCUUUCUUCUUCUUCUUCUUCAUCUUUUAGGUUUCUCCACCAGCAACUUCACCAGAAAAACCCACUUGAUCUGCACCGGAAAACAUGGCGGAUAGCCAAGAAGGUUGCUGCCGGUGCUGCUGCAGCUUCGUCUUUACAUUGGGCCUGACUGCGCUCUUCAUGUGGCUGAGCCUCCGUGCCGACAAACCCAAAUGCUCCAUCACCAAUUUCUACCUGCCGGCGCUCAACAGAACCCUGAACGAGUUCAAAAAUAGCACCGAUUCCUCCUUGAACUUCACCUUGAAGCUGAGUAAUCCCAACAAGGACAAGGGGAUUAACUACGACGACGUGGAGGUGAACAUCACCGUUUUCGACAGCGGACCCGGAAACGCACCCUUCUCUUUGGGGAACUAUACGGUUCCCCGCUUUUACCAGGGGCAUAAGAAGAAGGCUCAGAAACAGGGUCACUUGGAAUAUAACAAGACGAUGGUUUCCAAGGCGAUUUAUUCUAACGGGACGGCAGAAUUCCAGCUGGAGAUGGUGACGCAAGUGAGGUUCAAGAUCUUGUUUUGGAGGACUAAGCGGCAUAAGAUCAACGUGAAGGCAAAAUUUGCAGUCGACGACAAGGGUAAUAAAGUGAAUCCGAGGAAGAAGAAGGAUGUCCCGCUCACUUCUACUGCGCCAAAACGGGGUUACUGCAAUCUGGUUAUGGGGAUUUUGGUGAAUUUUGUGGUCUUGAAAUUUCCUAGUUUUUUAUGAGUUUUGUUGCUAAUAAUGUUAUUUCAUUGGGAUUUUAAUUUUUUAUCUUCUUUUUUCCUGGAGAAGGAAAAUGUUGUUAAAAUUGUUGGUAUAAACCUGAUUCUUUCUU